AUGGACUGCCAUUUUUCUGUCUGGGGAGUUUUGGCCUUUCUGAGUUUGGCUCUGGUUGUUUCGUUGAUGCUGAAUAUUUCACACUAUAUGAAAACGAAGCAAGAGGCUAAAAUGUAUAAAGACUAUGAAGACAACAGUCCAAGCUAUGAUGACUAUUACACAGAAGAUGACCCAGUUUAUGGCAAUCUCAAUCAAGAUAUUUUAGAGGAAUGUUGUUACGAGCAGAUGAAGUCCCAGACUCAGAGGCCAGUUAACCAACAACAGGUGGAGCCUGCCAAUCAGAUGUGUUAUGCCUCACUUGAUCACAGCAUCAAGGGAAAAUGCAGAAAACCAAGGAGAAAGAUAGACUCUUCAUUAGAGGAGGAUGGAGAGGAAAGAUCGUCUAACCCCACCACGAUGGCUUCCAAAGUUAGCAUUUACCUCAACAGUGAGCAGCUGGCUGCUGAAAACACAGCAAACGCAGAAGCCAUUCAUGACGAUCCCAUCAGAUUAAUGAGUUUGAUUCAUACUACAAAAGGAGAGAACGUUUGAACAUAAUCAUAGAGAUCCACUUUUUCGUUCUGGAGGAACAUUGAAUGGUUAGGGAUAAUAUCCUGGCAAACUGUCAUACCAAACAAUGGUAUAAAGUGGGUAAGUUCCGUGUUCCAGAGUGUCUUCCAGGCACAUUUACAGACUAAGCAAGAAAUAAGAGCCAGACUGCCACUUUGAAGGACCUGCCCU